AUGAGCGACUCCGAAAGCUUCCAGAGUGACGUCAGUUUAGAUGAAGAAGACGAGGAGUUCAUUUGGAAGGUAUUCUACAGCAAAUUGGAAGCUGAUUCGGCUGGAAAUGCCAUUGGUUCUGGAGAUGCCAAUGAACUCGAUCUAUCUGACAUUUCUGACAUAGAGGAGGCAUUCCCUGAACUUGUACAGAAAUACAAACAACUAAAAAACAGAGAAAGUGAGCAGCUUACGGAAGACCAGCAGAAAGCCAUCCUUAUGUCGUCUUUGAGUCAGGAGCAAAUGGAUAGAUUCGAAGCCUAUAGACGUAUGGCUGUAAACAAAGCAGGCGUACGGAAGGUCUGCAACGGUAUAUUGGGCAAUACUAUGCCUCAGAAUAUUGCGGUGGUGAUGGGUGGUCUUCUGAAACAGCUCUUAAGUGAGAUAAUCUCUUUGGCAUUUGAAGUCCAGGAACGUGAAUACAAGGCACAGCUCAUUUUGGAUAUAGACGAAAAGAAGAAGCGCAAGAGAGACUCUAUCAAAAAGUUGGCUCUGGGCGAUGAGAGUCUACCGGCAGAACCCGAGAGAAAGUUGGAAUACAUGGGAGACUACAAACUGCCACUAACGCCCGAUCAUAUACGGGAGGCAUGGAGAAUCUUUCAGACACAGGGUAGUGGUGCAUUCCAGUCGAAGUGGAGGUCUCAGGGCGAAUGUGAUGGCAAGUUCUUCAGAUAA